AUCAUUCCAGCUCCAAUGUCCAUCAGUUUACCGCAGUCUUGAUUUGUCAAAGUGACAGCUUAUUCGAAAGUAAUGUCGAACAUUGGAAUAAAUGGUUUUGGACGUAUCGGCAGAGCAUUCCUCCGUUGUGCAAUGGAAAUGGAUGCAGAUAUAUCGGCAAUCAACCAACCAUCAGCUGAUCCAAAAUAUAUAGCAUACCUUUUCAAACAUGACUCUUCUCAUGGCAGAUUCUAUGGCAAAGUGUGUUCCGAUGACAAGCAUUUGAUAGUAAAUAAGCAGAAAAUACGCAUUUUUUCCGAAACGGAUCCGAAAAAAGUUCCAUGGAAAGAUGCUGGUGUUGAUUGGGUAGUUGAAUCUUCUGGUAUUUUCACCACCACUGAGAAAGCUUCCUUACUUCUUCAAGGGGGAGCCAAGAAGGUGCUAAUUAGUGCUCCUUCGAAAGAUGCUCCCAUGUAUGUUUGUGGAGUCAAUUUGGAUAAAUAUAAUCCGAAAGAUAAGAUUAUCUCCAUGGCGUCGUGCACAACCAAUUGCUUGGCACCUUUAGCCAAAGUGGUUCAUGAAAACUUUGGCAUUUCCGAGGGUUUGAUGACAACAGUGCAUGCAGUUACUCUUAGCCAGAAACUUAUUGACGGAACUGCCAAAAAAGCAUGGAGAGAUGGUAGGGGCGGUUUUCAGAACAUUAUACCAUCAUCGACCGGUGCCGCAAAAGCAGUAACCAAAGUAAUUCCAGAAUUACAAGGAAGACUCACAGGCAUGGCAUUUCGUGUCCCGGUGGCAUGUGGCUCUGUGGUAGACCUGACCGCCCGCAUAUGUAAAUCUGCAGAUAUGGACACAAUUAAUCUAGCUAUUCGAGAGGCUUCUGAAGGGUCACUCAGAGGAAUCUUGGGAUACACCGAAGAAGAAAUAGUUUCAUCUGAUAUUAUAGGUACUCAUUGUACCUCAGUCUAUGAUGCUAAAGCCGGAAUAGCCCUGAAUGACAAUUUCGUUAAGUUAAUUUCUUGGUACGACAAUGAAACUGGUUACGCAACCAAAUUGGUGGAGUUGCUCAAAUACGUUCAGCGGAAAGACUGUGAGGCAGCUGAAAAAGAAAAACAGUUGAAAGAAAAGAAAAGUAAGGAAAAGGAUUGCCAAAAGGGGGACAAGCAAGAGAAAAAGUGAGAUCAAGAAAAUGAUGGAAUAAAAAUAAGAAAUUAUACAAUCUGUAAACAUUUAUUUAAUAAAAGUGAAAAUUCA